AAAUAUAACAACAAUAAUAUGUGGAGAAAAAAAACCAAGGCAUAACUUAAAAAACACUUUUGAUGAUAAAGUGUUUCAAAGGACACCAGAAAUAACAAAAAAAAGUAGACAGAGAGAGAGAGAUGAGAGGUAAAAGGGGCAAGAAAUGGCGAGAGACACUAGAGAGAGAGAGAGAGAGAAAUUCACAUGCAACAGAACACUCAUAUUGCCAAGUACUACUACUACUACUACUAUGACUUCUACUCUGGUUGUUAUUAUCCUAUCCCGGUUACCAAUUCUAACAUGGAUAGAAUGGAGAAACGGAAAUUGGCGGUCAUAUAUAAGACGACAAGAAACAAGAAAAGAAAGAGGAAGAAGAAGAAGAGAAAAAGAAUGAAAGGGGAAACAAACAAACAAACAAACAGACCAACAUUAAAAGGGAAUAGAACAAAUCCCGUUACCAUGGUUAAGCAUCAAAAACAUAUUUUAAUUCACUCACUCAUUCACUCAACCAGUCAGUCAGUCAUUUACUACUUAUUAUUUAUUUGUUUAUUUAUUUAUUCAUUUAUUGAAUUACAGACGACAACCAGAGGGGAUACAGGUAACUUACAAUAGUAAUAGUAAUAAUAAUAAU